CGAACGUAAUUAUUACACGCGUCACCGUCAACUUCCGUCAAAAUGUCAAUUUGGGAAUUUUUUAAUUUUACGUAAAUGAACUCUAAUUAAAGCUACAUGAGAAUGUUAACAUCUUUAGUUAGAACAAAAUUUCUUUUGAAAUGUAUUGUAAUUCUUUUAGUUAUUGGACUGGUACAAUGUGAAGGAAGCUGCAGAAAUUGUCUAUAUGGUGAGGAAUACUGUGAUCCUAACACCAAGGUGUGUACAUUUGGAUGUAAACCAGGUUGGAGGAAUGACAGAUGUGAUCAGAGAUGUAUAGUAGAUGAUUGUAGGGAAUGCACUGUACCAGCUUCUACAAUAGAAGAAUGUACAAGUUGUGAUGCUGGUUUUUAUGGACCUUUAUGUAAUCUACAUUGUGGAGACAAAUGUAAUGGAGUGAAGGGUUUUGACACAUGUGACCAUGGUGGUAAUUGUUUGUUUGGUUGUAAGCCACCAUAUAGUGGAGCCAAAUGCCAGGAUCAAGAUUGUCCGUUUAAGAACUGUAAGAGAUGUGAUGUAAGUUCUCAUGGCAAUACAUACUGCUGGCAGUGUGACUCAGGCUAUCACUGGGAUGAAAACAGGGAACAAUGUGUGAGAUGUAGUGAGUACUGUAAAAAUGGUCCUCGAGAUUGUGACUCGUACACGGGAACUUGUCCAGAGUGUAAGAAUGGCUGGUUUGGUAGCAAGUGUUUGUACCAGUGUAACAUAGCAAACUGUACAACAUGUGCACACAAAAAAGAUCAAGUUAUCUGUAAGAGCUGUAAUAACGGAAUGUACCCAGAGGCGGACGGGUUUUCAUGUAAACCAUGUGAUGAUCGUCAUUGUAUAGGUGAAUGUAGCAGAAAUACUGGGGAAUGUUUUAAUGGUUGUCAGAAGGGAUGGUUUGGUAAGGAUUAUCUCUGUGACAGAUAUUGUACAAUAUCUAACUGUGAAAUAUGUUCCCUAAGUUAUCACAGGAACGUUGUCUGUUCUAAAUGUAACAAAGAUUAUUAUGUGGAAAAUAAGAUGUGUGCUAAAUGUCCGGCAACAUGUCGUAACAGUUGUGAGGAUCAUAGUUCUGACUGUGUUGGUGGCUGUUUAGAUGGUUACUAUGGAGACCAGUGUGAGAUGAGGUGUAAUCCCCACUGCCUCAAUAAUACCUGUGUAGCCAGUACCGGGCACUGUGACUGUGAAGAAGGGUGGUAUGGUUAUCGUUGUGACAGAGAUUGUCCUAUACACUGCAUAGAUUGUCCCAAUUUUACAGACGGAAUAUGUGCAAGUUGUGAGCCAGGUAGGUUUGGACCUACAUGUGAAAGCCGCUGUAGCAGAAACUGUCGACCUAGAAGCUACGGAGGCUAUAUAUACUGUGAUAAAGACACAGGGGCAUGUGAACAGGGCUGUAUAAAUGGAGCAUACGGUGAUAAUUGUAACAGUUCUUGUAAUUCUAAUUGUGAAUCUAAUGUCUGUGAUAGAGUUACAGGUAAUUGUCUGUCUGGAUGUACACAGAACUAUUUUGGUCCGAUGUGUCAAUAUCCAUGUCCAGAAAAUUGCCGUCAUGUUGUACAGGGAUAUAAAAGAACAUGUGACGCAAUUAGAGGAGAAUGUCUUGAUGGUUGCGGCAAGGGGAAAUACGGGGUGUUUUGUAACUUGACAUGUAGUGAUAGAUGUAAAGAAGACAUGUGCGAGCAGUCUAGCGGAGAUUGUUCUCUCGGUUGUAAGAUUGGAUAUGCUGGGGAAGAUUGUGACAUCAUUUGUGCAAAUAAUUGUCCCAAUGAUUGCAGUCCAAACUGUAAAGAUGGAGUGUGUGAUAAAAUCACCAAGUCUUGUAUAUCUGGUUGUAAUACUGGCUGGUAUGGGACAACAUGUAUGAAUAUUUGUAGUGAUAAAUGUGUCGGUCGUAUAUGUGAACAGAUUAAUGGAAACUGUGUGGGUAAAUGUAUAGAUGGUUUCUAUGGAGCAAGUUGUAAUCUUCACUGUAGUGAGAACUGUUUUGAUGCUGCAUGUAACAAAACUACAGGAUUUUGUAUAAAGGGUUGUAAGACACCAUAUCAUGGUAAGAAGUGUGAUGAGUCAUGUCCGACACUGUGUAUGAAUGGUACAUGUAAUCAGAUCACUGGUACAUGUAUCUCCUGUGGCAUCGGUAAACAUGGUGACAUGUGUGAUGAGAAUUGUGAGCCGGGUAGUUAUGGUGAGAAUUGUGAGUUAAAGUGUGGUCAUUGUAGAGAUAAUGUACCAUGUAAUAUAUAUACUGGUGAUUGUCUACCUGGCUCUGGCUGUAUGGUCGGAUAUACUGGCGAAAAAUGUAUGAAAGCACUAUACAGUAAAGAAGAGACUGUAGGACAGACAGUUAACAUGGAUCUUGUUAUAGGUUGUUGUGUUGCCGCUGUUAUAUGUAUUAUCAUAUUAUCUAUUGUUGUUGUUGUCUGGUUGAAAUCACGUAAAUUAAAAACCAAGACAAAAUGUGAUGAGCCAGUUGUGGUGUACAGAGAUGCCAAUGUUUCUAUUGAGCGUACAGCGCCAUCAGGUGAUAGAGGAAGUAAUCAGAGUACACAUAGUGACAUGAUGUUGCUAGGCGACACAAGUUCAAGGUUACAGAUCAACCUUCAACAAGAAAUCAACAAAACUAACAUAUAUACAUUAUAUAAAGGACAGAUAAAUACUGGAGCUAGAAAACAUUAUUGUUGUGUAAAACUUGUCAAGUUAAAAGAUAUAGAAGAAGAUAAAAGCAGUUUAAGCAAGUUGAUGAGGGAAUCAGAGUUACACACCUUGUGCUGUUCACAUGUCAAUGUUGUUAACCUGAUUACAUCAUAUCAAAACACAGAUGUUUAUUGUGUUGCCUUUGACAACAGUAUUGAGACUGGUUUAACGCAAUAUCUACAGAACUUACAAUCUGAUGGUGAAAGUUUAGAACCAGACAACAUAUGUAGACUGCUUCAGUUUACUAUAGAUAUAUGUUCAGCACUGUGUCAUAUACAGACAAUGAAGAUCAUUCACAGAAUGGUACAGUUAAAACAUAUUUAUGUAUCUGAUACAUUAGUUGCCAAGCUGGGAGAUUUUUACUGGGCAAAUAAUGCCUCCGAGACAGAUCUGAUGAUUGAGUUACCAGAGGAGAGUUACCCAUGGUGGUCACCGGAAGUUUUAUUACGUCAACAUUUCACCUACCAAUCUGAUGUUUGGAGUUUUGGUGUGACAUUCUGGGAGAUUUUCUCUCUUGGUAAACAACCAUUCCAAGAUGUUGAUAAGGAAGAAUAUAAAACGAUGAUACUAGAUGGAAUACGACCUUCUAAACCUCAAAUAGUCCAUUUAACCAAGUAUCGUGUAAUGAAAAGUUGUUGGAGGUACACACCUGAAGACAGACCUACAGCUGAACAAAUUCUCCAACAGCUUAUUGAUAUACAGAGCCGGUUUUCAGAUGUAGAGAGAGUGGUAGUUCAUGUGUAGAUAUUGUGACUGUCAUGACAGUGUAGAUGUGGUGCUGAUGAAGAUAUAGAUCUUAUAUACAGGUUGAGAUACUCUAGUUGGGGAGGAUAUAUCAUUGUUAUACCUAGAACAUCGAGGAAUUCCAACUUGCCGUAUAAUCUUAAUGCAUAAUCAGAUGUUUGUCAUGUUUUGUUAUCUCAAUUUGUCAUGAUUUAUUCUGUAAAGAUUACUCAUUACAUUAUCACAUAUUUAUACAUAAUGUAAGCAGGAAGACAUACAAAUAGAAAAACUUAUAACAUAUCAUUGACAAUGAAUGCAAAAAAGCUCUGAGAGCUUAUUAUUCAAUUCCAGAUUUAGUUUUUAUAUGUUGCAUUUUAAGCAUACAAUUAAUAAUUAAUUAUGCCAUUUAAUUGCUCAGAUUAACUUGAUUCCAUAUUUAUUUUAAGUGUUAAAAUGUUUUUUC